AAAAUACAUAUUCCUUUGAAAAAUAUUUAUGAACCCAGUAUUUUGAUGACUAUGUGACGUUCACGUUCACAUUUUAUCUCGUAAAAUAAGCAAUAUAAUUGCCACAAUUACCACAGGUGGUGUUGCUAAAAGGUGUCAUUGGCGGCACUGUUCAAUUCUGAGAAUCAUAUGAAUGCGGAAAUGGCGAAUGCUUCAAAUGCGAGAAUUCAUCAAGGUAGGAACGAAAGUAAGCAGCAUGUCAGAACUGGACGAAAAUUUGCUGAGUAUGGAAAACCUCGAUAGGGCGUCUCCAGAAUUGUGGCCCGAAAAAAGAAUGUCAAAUUUUGUAAAUCAAACUGCAGCAGCUAAUACUAGUGGCCAGCCGUGGAACAAAGAACUAGACAGUGAGGAUAUAAACUUGCUGCACCAAUUUGGCAGCCUUACAGCUGCCAGCCUCAUUGGAGAAGUGAAGAAACUACACGAUAUAGCAUAUGAGCUGGGACUCCAGGAAGCGAAGGAGAUGACACGUGGGAAGUACCUGAACAUCCUCAGUCGCAGUCAGCAUUAGCACUUGUGCUUGCUAUCAUUAUCAUACAGUUUCAAGGAGUAAAGCAAAAUGUGUGGAUAAAAUUUGUGUGUCCCCAAAUUAGCCUGAUUAUAUAAUUUACCAUCUAGAGAAAAUGAGGGAAAGGUUUAAUUAUUCAUUUAUUUUAUACAGAUAUAAAUCUCAUCAAUUGUUGCACUUUUGAUGUCCUUUUCAAUGUGACAUGUCAUUUCCAGCAGUUUUCUUUCACUUUCCCCUGGAUGAUGUGACAAGACUUAUAUUAGGAUCUGCAGUUGGUCACUGCAACAGAACGACAUUUAUUUUUUGAACAGUUGGGUCAGCUGCAUGAAAUGAAAUGCAUUGUCAUAUGACAUUUUAUAUUGAAUCUUCCACUUUAGCUGCUAAUUGUUUUAUUAUAUUACUGUUAGCUGCUAACUUGAAAGAUUCAAUUUAAAAUGUCAUGUUAUAUUAAAUAUGUUCUCAUACUACCAGGAAUGUUGUCUGUUUGCCACCAAUAUCUGGGCUGUGCAUACUUGCAGCACUGUCAGGUUGUUUUGUUAUUUUUUUCAUGUCACAGAAGAAUUUGCUACAGUUAUGUUUAAGAAAACCAAUAAGCAAAGUUCCAUUCACUUAUGGUAAUCUGUUCUUACAUUUUUCCUAAUUAUCUCCCUUCCCUUUUUUGUAAUUAAAAAAGGAGAUAACUACUUUGAGCUUCAAAAAAUAGGAAGUCCAGCAUGGAAUAAUGAAAAUAUUUUGGAAAGGAUAGAUUGCUGCUCACCAUAUAGCAGAUGCCAAGUAACAGGUAGGCAGAACAGAAAGAUUAUUAAAAAAAAAAAAAAAAAAAAAAAAAA